GAAAAAAUUUAAUGAAGGAAUUGAAAAAAUAAUUGGGAAAGAAAAUUUGAUAAUACUUAUGCGGAAAAAAAAUUUUAUUACCUUUUUUUCAGAAACUUUUUUAAACACUAGGUAGUGAAAAUGAUAUUUCAUUUUUCUGUCAAUUCUUUCUUUUUAGACAAUUUUAUUCAACUUUAUUAUUUUUUGAAAUAAUUUUGAAAUAAUUUGAAAUCUUUUUGAUCUUGAAUUUUGAAUUUGAAUUUUGAAAAAGAUUCCAAGAAAGUAAUUAAGUAUAGUUGACUUUUUAAGUUAUUUAGAGCAAAAAGUAAGAAUAUUUUUUCUAUUUUUUAUUCAUUGUAGAAAAUUGUUUUGAAAGAUUUUGUGAUAAAUAUUAUCAGUGAUAGUGACGUAAUAGUAACGUGACUACUCUACGUUCUUCAUACUUAGUUUUCACGCCAUUCUGUUUAGAGAAACGAGUAGAAUCAUUCGUAUUUCUAUCUGACACAAAGUGAAUUUUUUCCGUGUUAAAAUGAAUGUCCCUCAGAAGUCACCGAUCACUUGCCAUGUGCUUGACACAAGCGUAGGAAAACCAGCUGCAAAUGUGCCAGUGACUUUGUACAAAUCUGUCGGCGGGGAAUGGUCUUCAAUGAAUAGAAGAAUGACAAAUGAAGACGGUCGUUGCAAUAAUCUCGUGGAAGUGGAAAAUUUCACCGCUGGACGAUACAAAGUUCACUUUUUGACCUCACAAUAUUUUGAGUCAAUCAACACGAAAUCAAUGUAUCCUUUUGUUGAAAUCGUCUUCGAUUUUGACGAUUCCUCAGAUCACUAUCAUAUCCCAUUACUUCUCAGUCCCUUUGGCUACUCGACGUAUCGGGGAUCUUAAUUUUGUUUAACUUUUUAUUUUCUUUUAUUUAUAAUAAUUCCGGAAAAAUUCUUUUAUAUUUAUACUUUAUAGUUAAGUGUUAAAAAUUAAACGUUUGACGACUUAUGGAAUUUGGAAA